CUGUGAAGGAGACAGAGAGAUGGAGGGGGAGAUGGCAAAUGGCACAUUGGAGGUCCUGCUGAUCAAUGCCCGACGCCUCAAGGACAAGAAUUUUCUUGUUAAGAUGGAUCCGUACGUUUUGAUCCAAUACGGAAACCAAGUAAGGUGGAGCAGCGUUGCUAAAGGAAGAAACCCAGAAUGGAACGAGAAAUUUACAUUCAAUGCGGAGUACCCGGGCGGCGAACACCACAAGUAUAAGCUCAUCCUCCGAAUCAUGGACAAGCACAAGCUCUCUUGCAUCGACGACUUCAUCGGCCAGACUACGAUCUACGUAAAGGAUUUGGUGUCAAUGGGGGUGGAGAUGGGACAGGCCCACCUUCGACCCACUAAAUACAGGGUUGUUCUUCCCAACCAGAGCUAUGCCGGAGAGAUUUCUGUUGCUGUUGCUUUCACCCUUGAUACGAUAGCACGCAUUACACCAUCUACACCAUAAUAAUUCUGUGGAGAGAAAGUUUUAUUUGUAUGUAAUGUGUCUAAAGCAUUUAUAUUAUACUUGUGUUUUAGUUUUUAAAUUCAGAUGAAAUGAAAUGAAAUGAAAAUUGUCAUGUCAAUUUGUU